CUGGUUGAAGCAAGCACUGCACCACGGCUGCUGAACUGCGCUGCGAACAUCGCUCUGCUAGCACACACUCUUACGGAUAACCUUGAGGGCCAGGCGUCAUGGUGAAUUUCGCAGCUCUCGUACGGGAGCACUGGAUGCAGAGUCUGGUGCCGAUUGGCAUCGUUUUGGGAAUUUACCUGGACAGGUGGAACGACAGCAGGCUAACACAGUUCAGGAACAAGAGUGCUCUGUACAAAAGGGAACUGAAGCCUGGCGAGGAGGUUACCUGGAAGUGAUGUGAUGACGGGCUUGCAGAUCCUAUUUAACAUCCCCUUGUCCACACGUGCUUGGAUUUCUAUUUCCUCCUCACAUUGAGAAUGUCCAAUUUCAUCAAUAUGUCGACCAAUAAAAUGUUAAUAUGAAAAACACA